CGCGUCCCGAGCCGAGGCGCUGCGAGAUGAGCAGCCCCGAUGCGGGCUACGCCAGCAGCGACGACCAGGUGCAGGGGCGGUGCUCGCUGCCCAUCAUGAUGCCGGCCGUGUGCCCGUGGGCAGAGUCGCUGAGCCCGCUGGGCGAGGCGAAGGCGAAGGGCGGCGCGGCGCCGUCGGGCGGCCGCAGCAAGGGCGAGGCGCGGAUCCGGCGUCCCAUGAACGCCUUCAUGGUGUGGGCGAAGGACGAGCGCAAGCGGCUGGCGCAGCAGAACCCGGACCUGCACAACGCCGAGCUCAGCAAGAUGCUGGGUAAAUCGUGGAAGGCGCUGUCGCUGGCGGAGAAGCGUCCGUUCGUGGAGGAGGCGGAGCGGCUGCGGGUGCAGCACAUGCAGGACCACCCGAACUACAAGUACCGGCCGCGGCGGCGGAAGCAGGUGAAGCGUCUGAAGCGGGUGGAGAGCGGCUUCCUGCAGCACGGCCUGGCGGAGGCGGCGGCGGCGGGGCCCGGG